AUGCCGAAUUCGACGCCUAUGGGUAUGGAUCAUCGGCACCUAGCUAUUUGGAUGUGGACACACAGUCAAUCACUCACCGACAACAGUGAGACGUCGAUUGAGUCAGCAGCCAGCGACGGAGUCAUUUUCGAACAUCUAAAGCAGUUCGGUUUGAGCAUCGGUGUCGUUUUGUGUGUAACCUCUGUGAGGAUCAAAUAUGUUUGGAGAAAGCAAGGCAGUGGUCUUGAGUUCGAUCUGAUACAGUUGAUGAGCUCGACACCUCACCUCCCAUCUUUGCUGGAAUCAGUCGACCGGCUGGAGCAGCAGCAGCUGAUGCUCAGCACAUUGCUCUAUGUUGUAUUCAUGAUGUCAUACAGCGGAUCGAUACUCGUCCAACUCGGCUACUACAUUAUUGAGGAGUUCUGCUUGGAGAAAUUCGAUCGUAUGUCCAAUCUUGAAGAACAACUGCAACCGGCUGAUUUCAUAUGA